CAGGAAACCCCGCCAGCCCGCCCGCCCAAGGCAGUCCCGGGGCCCUCGGAAGGUUCGAUCCAGCCCAGGUAUAUGCUGAACCUGAACCCUUGGACUCCUUGACCCAGCCGCUGGGGACCCCUCCCCAGGGGGCAAGAUGGAGGUGGAGGAAGCGUACAACGGGAACCCAGCGCCAGGUGCCCAGAGCGGGUCGGCGGUAGUGAUCAUCGGCGCCGAAGACGAGGACUUUGAGAAUGACAUUGAGCUGCUCCAGAACCCGGACGCCCAGACCAGCUUGUUCCAGAACCUGGAGGUCCUGAAGGAACAUCCCGCCUAUCUGAUGGUCUUUCUGCAGCAUGUGGUGCUCCAGUUCGACUCCAGCCCCGUGCUCUGUUACCUACACGUGGACCUCAUCCGGCACCUGGCACCCAAAGAAGGGAAGAAGCAGUUUGUGGAGUUCUGCCACACCUUCUUGGAUAAAGCAGGGUUGCUGCGGGUCCCCGUCCCAACGUCUGUGCAGUUUGAACUGGGAGAGAAACCCGGGCGAAGGGAGAAACGGAAGAUGGGGAUGACCCCUGGCGAGCCAGAGCUCUGCGAACUGGAAAGUUACCAGACCAAAGACAAAUGGAUCCGCGAGGCCAAGCAGAAGCAGCUGGCGGAGACCCUGCUGGCCAAGCUGGAGGAGAUGCACCUCACCAUUUCUGCCGACGAGGAGAAAAGCUCUGCCAUUUUCACGGCCAUCGUGACAUACAUGAAAUACCUGGGGGUUAAGACCAAGGGAGCCGACAGCAAGAAAUCUAAACCCAACUUCUUCCGUAAGAAGGACCCUGCUACAGGCUGCGCGAACUCCGGUGAGAAGACGCCCGCAUUGGACAGGAAAGGGGCCAAGGUUGCCGAGGGGAUUUCAGGGCGUGGCAAGGGGGCCUCAUCUGUGUCAGACCCUUCGGGCGUGUCUGUCAGCGUUCACCCCCCGGCCGGAGAGAGCAACGACGGGGAACAGGGACCGGACAGUCAGGCCCAAGCGGAUUCAGGGGACUCCCCGGUAAUCGAGCAGCCCGUCGCUGGGGAACAGCCCCUGACGGAUGAUGGGGCCGAAAAUGAAAGAAGGCGAAAAAGGCUGACGUCAAAGCUGGGCCGCUCGGAGAGCCUACGGGUUUGCGAGCGGAAGCGGUCCCAGCGGGGCUCUGCCAAGGGCAAGCAGCCGCGCUCCCGGAGCGAUGUGGACAUCGAGGCUGCUGCUCGGGCCAAGGAGCUGGAGAAGAUGCCGUCCCUAGAUCAGGCUCGGCACAAGCAGGGGAGCCGCAAUUUGGAACCAGGAGGGGCUGGGGGAGGGGAGCCCCCGCCGUCCUUUCUGCUUCCCCAGUCUGAGGAGAAUGAGCCGCGUGUUUCGGAACUGGAGCUCGAACCGCCGAACUGGCGGGAGCUCGUCGGCCCCGAUACCCUCCUCAGGCUGAAGAAAAGUGAAGUGAAGCGGCAAGAGGUGAUCAACGAGUUGUUCAUCACAGAGCAUGCCCACGUGCGAAUGCUGCGGGUGCUGCUGGAGGUCUUCUACCAACCUCUGCUGACCGAAGGCUUCUUUGGGGCCACUGACCUGGAAAACAUCUUCCCCAGCUUAGAAGACUUGGUCGAUGAACACAAACUGUUCCUAGAAAGGCUGAAGAAACUCAGGGAGGAAAACAACUCUCUGGUUUCAGAGAUUGGGGACACCCUGCUGGCUCGGUUCGAUGGGUCCGAAGGGAACUGGUUCCAGAAGAUCUCUGCCCGCUUCUGCAGCCGCCAGUCGUUUGCGCUGGAGCAGCUGAAAGCCAAGCAGAAGAAGGAGCCCCGAUUCAACCAGUUCAUUCAGGAGGCGGAAAGUCAGCCUCGGUGCAGGCGGCUGCAACUGAAGGACAUCAUCCCCAUCGAGAUGCAGAGGCUCACCAAAUAUCCACUGCUGCUUCACAACAUUGCCAAAUGCACUGAAGAGGAGAUGGAGCGCACGAAGGUGCAGAAGGCAGCCGAAUGCUGUCGGCAAAUCCUGAACCACGUCAACCAGGCCGUGCGCGAGAUGGAGAAUUUGCUGAAACUCAAAGACUACCAGCGUCGCUUGGAUCUCUCCAAUCUGAAGCAAAGCACCGAUCCGCUGCUCAGUGAAUUUCGGAACACAGACAUCACCAACAGAAAGCUCGUAUAUGAGGGACCACUAACUUGGCGUGUGACCAGGGAUAAAUCAGUAGAUGUCCACGUUCUCCUGCUGGACGACAUCCUGGUCCUUCUGCAGAAGCAAGAGGAGCGCCUGGUGCUGAAGUGCCACAGCCGCAACAUCACCCCGACACCGGACGGGAAGCAGAUGCUCAGCCCCAUCAUCAAGCUCAAUUCGGCCAUGACCCGCGAAGUGGCCACAGGUGGGUGCCGGAGAAGGGUGGGCAAGGCCUGUUGCGUCCCAGGAAGACUGAACAAGGUGCUCGAACGCCGUUUCCGCGGGACUGACGAAUCGGUCCCAGGAAGACCGAACGAGGCGCUCGAACGCCUGUUCCCGCUGGACUGA